UGGAAAAUGGCUGAACAAACCAUGGAUUGGCGAAGUGAACCAUUUCGUUCUAAAGUUGUGGCGCAAAUUGAGGAGGCUGUAAGAUCAUCUGCUUCCCCCAUGACAAAAUCCAGCAUAGAAAUGGAGAACCAUGUCUUCCAUAAAGCCAAAACAAGGGAGGAAUACCUAGCACUGGUAGCCAGACUGAUUCUCCAUGUCAAGGAAAUGAAUGCCAAUAAAGACAAGCCUAAGGGUCCAGGAGGAAUGGGGAUGCCCCAGGGGAUGGCCCCGGGGCCUGCUGGAAUGUCCCAGCCCAUGCAGGACCCCAUUGGGGCCUUACAGAACCUGACGGUCCAGGGCAUUGGGCCAGUUGGGCAGCAGGAAGAACUGUGGUGGAAUGAGAUAGAUUUAUCUGAGUUUGUGUGGAUGAUAAAUCAGCAACAACAAGCACAUCUUCAGCAGCAACGCUUGCUCAUGCAACAGCAGCAACAACAACAGCAAAGGCACAUGCAGAUGCAGCAACGCCCACCACUGGAGAGACAGGAUGCAUUCCUUGUGACGUCUGCUCAACAUGUCCAGUCCAUGGCCCAACCACUUCCUGCCAAUUCAGUGGGCAUGUCUUAUCAACAGACAAUGGCAGGUGGCAAUAUGCAACAAGCUGGGCUGCAACAGCAAAUGCAAGGAGGAAUGCAGCAACCUGGAAUGCAACAAACAGCCAUGCAGCAACCAGGAAUGCCAAUGAGUUCCAUGGGAAUGCAACAUGGCAUGCAGCAACAGAGACCCCAGACUUCAGGCAUUGGGGGAAUCAGUCAGGCCUCACAGCUUCCGUUUGGACAACAGAUGCAACCAGGACCCAACAUGACUUCACAACAGGCUGUCCCCUCCCCGAAGCCGCCCUCCAUCAGCAGCAUGAUGAUGUCCCCCUCCCCACAGGGAAUGGUCAACAACCCCCGAGUCCCCUCCCCCAGGGUACUCAACACACCAGGUGCCCCCAGUUCCCCUAGCCCAAACACCCCCAGAUCUCACGAAGAACAGGCUUACCUAGAGAAACUCAAACAAUUACAGAAGUACAUUGAACCACUGAAAAGAAUGAUCAACCGCUUGACCACUUUUUGAAAAAUCAUGAUUUAUUUUUCAGAGAGUAAGAAAGAUAUCAGCAAGAUGGAGAAUCUCUUAAAGAUAUUAACAGACCCUACUAGAAGGUUACCAAUGACAACUUUACUGAAAUGUGAACAAGUGUUAGAUAACCUGGAAAUGUCAAAACCACCCAGUGGUGCUGGCUCUGUUCCCUCGGCCACCCCCACCAUCACCACCACCCCAAUGCACAUGUGUCAGCCGUUACUGGAUGCUGUAGCGACCAACAUGAAGUCUCCAAUGUUUAACCACGCCUUACAACAAACAUUUGGUCCAGCCAUGACUGCUCUCUUUGGAGCACCAAUAAGGGCCCCCAGUCCACCACCAAAGAAGAGGAAGCGAGAGGCCGAGGAUGAGGAGAUACCCCACAUCCUCCAGGGUGAGAUCGCACGACUCGGUGGACGAUUCCGAGUCAAUCUCGAUCCUACUCAGCACUCUGAUUCCAAAGACAUCCAUCUUGUUUGUAAAAUAGAUGACAAGAAUUUGCCCUGUGUUCCUCCAAUCUCUGUAAAAGUUCCUGAGCUCUACCCCAGUGUUAGUCCACAGUGUGAUACAAAGGCACAGGACUACGAGUCCAGUCCCUUCCUGUCUUCCAUACAAGAAUCCCUCUCCCGCCUACUUCUACAGAUGCCCAGUAAAUACACAUUUACAGAACUGAUGGAUAAAUGGGAGAUGAGCAUAAGAAGAGCGUGUGCUGCGCCAUCUUAGUGUUGAUGUGAUAAAGUGUGUGUGGCUGGGAUACUUAGAAUGGCUGUGUGAAUGCUACUUUGGACCGUGUUGAUGAAUGAAUUUAUGUGUCAUAUAUUUACUGCAUAUAUGUAACUAUUGAAGAUGUGACAUUAAAUGAUCUUUUGUGUU